AUGAUCGUGUGUUUAAGAAUUCACACGAGCGUCAGUCUCUCAGCAUCUAAUUUUCUAUCCUUCUGUCUGCCUGUGGAUUUAUGUACUUAUAAAUUACGCUUCUAUCUAUCUAUCUAUCUAUCUAUCUAUCUAUCUAUCUAUCUAUCUAUCUAUCAGUUGCUCUGUUGCUGCCGGCUCUCACUUAAUCUCUCUCUCUCUCUCUCUCGCUCUCUCGCUCUCUCUCUAUUUAUCUGUCUAUCUAUCUAUCUGGAAUCUAAUUGGCCCUUGCAUUGGUCUAUCUAUCAAUUGCUCUAUUGCCUAUUUAUUCACCUACCUCCCUAUCUAUCUAUCUAUCUAUCUAUCUAUCUAUCUAUCUAUCUAUCUAUCAGAUGCUCUCUGGCUAUUGAUUUUCCUAUAUAUACUUUUAUCGAGCUCUCUUCCUAUCUAUCUAUCUAUCUAUCUAUCUAUCUAUCUAUCUAUCUAUCUAUCUAUCUAUCUGACUAUUUUUCUGUUCCUCUGUGGCUAUCGCUUUGCCUAUAUAUAUAUUUUUUAUCUAUCUAUCUGUCUAUUUAUCUAUCUAUCUAUCUGACUAUUCUUCUGUCCCUCUCUGGCUAUCGCUUUGCCGACAUAUUUUUUAUCUAUCUAUCUAUCUAUCUAUCUAUCAUUUGCUCUAUUGCUAUCGAUUGUCCUAUUUAUCCCCCCCCUCUCUCUCUAUUUAAACUGAGAAUUAGCAAAAAUAAUUCCGUUCAUUUGGCGUCGAAAUCAAAGUUCAUCCCCCCAACACCCGUUUUUCCGAAUCUAUCUCACAAAUCGGACUCACCAGCCAGUGUUGCGUGA